AGACACUGCUUCUUGAGGUAAAUUUUAAAUUUAAAUUAGAAACGUAAUUAUGUCGCUCGCCGAUGAACUUCUGGCCGACCUGGAGGAUGAUAACGAUGAAACCGAGGAACUGCUGGAAACCGUUAAGCAGGAAGCGCCUGACGAGGUCAUAGAAGAUCUCGCUUUAUCCGGCGGUGAAGAGGAAGCGAUUAUUAUGGAUGUGAAGGAUGAACCGAUGGAGGUGGACGUAAAGGUUGCAUCGAUCCGAGAGAUCUGCAAACUACGUGAUUCCGCACGACUGUCUAAUGUGCUGUCGCAAAUAGCAAUGUUUGUCAAGAAUCCCCGCAAAACAUCCGAAAUGAUUGGAAAUGUAGAAUCCGAUCCCGAGUAUCAGCUGAUCGUGGAAGCAAACAACAUUGCAGUGGAUGUCGAUAGCGAAAUUUCAAUAAUUUACAAAUUUGUGAAGGAUAAAUAUCAGAAGCGCUUCCCAGAAUUGGACUCGCUAAUCAUGGUGGAAAUGGAUUACGUACGUAGCGUUAAAGAGUUGGGCAAUGAUCUGGAUCAAGCAAAGAAUAAUGAACGACUGCAGGAGAUAUUGACUCAGGCAACCAUUAUGAUCGUUUCGGUAACUGCUUCGACUACCCAGGGAACACGUCUUGAACAGCACGAGCUGCAGCAAAUUUACGAAGCCUGUGAUAUGGCAAUAGAGCUGAACGAUUUCAAAACAAAAAUCUUCGAAUAUGUUGAAAGCAGAAUGACAUUCAUUGCGCCUAAUUUGUCCAUGAUAGUAGGAGCAUCUACUGCUGCUAAGCUGGUAGGACUUGCUGGAGGUCUGACCAGGUUAUCGAAAAUGCCAGCGUGUAAUGUUCUUGUCUUGGGAGCUCAGAAAAAAACUUUAUCAGGCUUCUCCAAGGUGGCAAUGUUGCCUCACACUGGAUAUGUUUAUUACUCGGAUAUCGUCCAGGAAACACCACCCGAUAUGCGUAGAAAAGCAGCCCGUCUGGUGGCUUCGAAAAGCACUUUGGCCGCUCGUGUGGACGCUUGCCACGAAAGUCAUCUGGGGGAGAUUGGUCAAAGAUUUCGUGAAGAUAUAGAAAAAAAGCUGGACAAACUGCAAGAACCUCCACCGGUUAAAUUUAUCAAGCCUCUGCCCAAACCAAUCGAAGGCGGUAAGAAGAAGCGUGGCGGAAAACGUGUGCGUAAGAUGAAGGAGCGUUACGCCAUCACCGAGUUCCGAAAGCAAGCCAAUCGAAUGAACUUCGGCGAUAUCGACGAAGAUGCUUACCAGGAAGAUUUGGGCUAUACGCGUGGUACCAUUGGCAAAACAGGUACAGGUAGAAUACGGCUACCACAGAUCGACGAGAAAACUAAGGUUCGAAUUAGCAAAACGCUACAGAAAAAUCUUCAGAAACAACAACAGGUGUGGGGAGGAAGUACUACGGUGAAGAAACAAGUUUCCGGAACAGCAUCCAGUGUGGCAUUCACACCGCUGCAAGGAUUAGAAAUUGUUAACCCUCAGGCGGCGGAGAAACCUGCUAGUGAAAGUACGGCUAAAUAUUUCUCCAACACAUCUGGUUUUCUUUCGGUGGGCAAGAGAACGACGUAGAUGAAUCAACUUUUCUUUCGAUACUAUUGCUACUAUGUAUUGAUGUGUAA